UUUUACUGCAUCAGGAAAAAAUGCCUUUGGGUCUCUUGCUUAUUCAACAUUUUUCGAGCUUGUGUGAUACUGACAACUACAAUUACAACAUAAACAUCGUCAUUUAAAGUAGUUCCUUAUGUGAAAUUGGUGGCCGAUGGUGACAAAGUGUAUUGACUGAGGCAUUUCACCAUCAUAAUGCAGCAUAUUUAUGGGUGCUUAGCAAGAGUGAGAACUCGACUUUUUUCUACUAGUCUGCCUCGAUCCUGUCUUGAUUCUUCAGAUAAACCGACAGUUUUGGAUAGACGUCGCAGUACAAUACCUCCUCAGGCAAGGAUACGCUACAUCGCAGAGAUGCUGGAUCUACCGGAGAGUUACAUUGCCAGUAAGACCGUAUUCAAGCGACCACUUGUUGUGAAAAAAAUCCGAUAUCUACUGAGCAUUGGAUGCUCCCAACAACAGCUGAGAUCAGGCCGUUUUACAUACUUGAAGUUCAGCACUGAAAGAAUUAAAGAAUUAACUAAGCCAACUGCAGAUUCUGAUGGAAAACCAAAUUUUGAAAAUAUUCUCGGUGAUAAUUUUGAGACGUGCCUUAACAGAGGUAAGAAUGAUAUGAGGGAGGAUGUCGCAAGGCUGCUUAAUGUGCAAGAGAGUGACUUAACUAGUGUUCAUUUCAAAAGUAUUAAAGCCAAAACAUUAUUGCCCAAGAUCAAACUUCUGCUUUCACAUGGUAUUGAAGCUUCUGAAAUAUUCAAGGCACCAUAUGUAUUGAGACACUCAAACAAGAACCUGCUAAAAGCUUGUGAGACUCUUAAAAAACAAGGAGUUGAAAAACUGAAAAUAUCUGAGAUCUCCAUGGAGAUACAGAAGAAACCCGAAUCAUUGCCUGAGAUCACUUCAAAACUAUCGGCACUACUUGGCAUUUCAACAAAAAAACUUGAGCCAUUUGUAUCAAAUAUAAUUUGUAGCCCCAAAGCUAUGGUCCCCAAGGUGGAGUAUCUCAUCAAAGAAGGAUUUGAUUGUUAUGAUAUCACUGAACACAUGGCACGAUUAUCAAUGAUUCAGCUCCCUAGUAUAGCAGAAGCUGUAUCCAGCCUCCAGUCCAUCAAGGGAAAAGAUCUAUAUAUACAUGAUGUGAUACAUUAUGCAAGUUCAAAUUUAAAAGGGAGAUUGAACCUCCACGAGUAUGAUUUAACUGCUAAAAAACUGGCAAAAAUGUUGAAUAUUCCAAGUGACAAACUCAAGAUGAAGUUCUUCCCAAGGAGAAUCCAUCAGACCACUUUGGAACUCAGAGACAAAAUGGAACUUCUUGAAAAGUCUGGAUUCACUAUUGAUGCUAUGAGAAAAUGUCCACUGGUAUUGUUACAUGAUUCACAUAUCUUGGAAAAAUAUCUGGAAGAAUUGCCAUCCGUUCCUGAGCUUCAACCAUAUGAGAAAUGGAUGAAAGACCAGGGUAAACUGAUCCACGCUUUGGAAUAUAUCAUCGAGAAGGAUUUAUGAUUUUAUGUUGGUCAGGCGGAUUUAAUAACAAAAAAACAUGUCCAUAUUUGUACCGUAAAUAACUUGCUUUGUCAAUUAAUUCAAAUGCACAAAGAGGUACAAAGUACACAAUUUUAAUGACUGUGAUUUUGAUGAAUUGCAAGGGGUCUUCUAAAUCAACUCAAUAGGCAUAUUGUACAUUUUGAAUUAGUUAAGCUCCUCUAAAUUGUACUGUACAUGGUUGCCAUCUAUCUCCGAGUUCAUAUUGUUCCAUGGGUGAAGAGAUCAUUUUCUUCAGCCAUUGAGCAGAUUGAAAGUGUCACCUGUGCACCAAUGUUAGAAGACAAGGCUAUCUUACUGUCUCACCCUGAGACAACCAUCUAGAAUACUUUUCUCUUACUAAGAUUGAUUGUCUAGUAAAACAUUUACUGAAACCAUACAGUGAAACCUGUAAAGUGG